AUGACAACUACUCAUCCGUCAUCAUCAUCAUCUACUACUAAUUCUUCAGCUAUAGUUAUUCAACAAUUAGCUGAAUUAUUACGUACAAAUGGACAUCGAGUAUUACAUGGAGAUAGUAAAGUGUGUUUUACAUCGGAUUCACUUAUUCUAUUAAAUAAUUAUUUUCAUUCGGCUAAACUUGAUAUGACAUUACCAUUAGUAAAUGGUCAUUCAAUAACAAAUUCAUUACCACCAUUAUUACCUGUUCAACAUUUAAGAAUUAAUACAGCACUUAGAGAUGAUUUAGUAUUUUUACAUGAUUUUUUACAAAAAAUACAAGUUGUUAAAUUAAUUCAUAAUUCACCAACUCUUCAAGGAAAUGUUCUUCUACAUCCAUUUCAACAUGUUAUUUGUCUUGAAUUAAAAAAAAUUCCACCACAUAUGGUACUUGGUUUAUCUUCACUUCGUCAUCAACUUGAAACAUUAAUUUGUUCUCAAUCUGUAACAAAAAUUGAAGAUUUAAUAAGUGAUUGUGGUGGAGAUUCAACACAACCUCAAACAUGGCCACGACUUAAAUCACUUUUUCUUGCUCAUAAUUUUAUUGAAUGUCUUGAUCAAUCAUUAAGAUAUUUAGUUGCACUUGAAGUACUUGAUUUAAGUCAUAAUCGAUUACAAGAUUGUUCAAAGAUAUUAGAUAUAAUACCUCAUAUAAAACAUUUAAAUCUUUCAUCUAAUCAUUUACGUAAUAUACCAAUAUGGUCAGAAACAAAAGGUCCAUGUCGAUUAUUAACACUUAAAAUACGUCAAAAUUCUAUUGAACAUAUAAAUGGUAUUGAAUUAAUGAAAACAAUUGAAGAAUUAGAUUUAAGUGAUAAUUUUAUAACACGUAUACCUGAACAAAUUCGACAUUUGUCAAUGAUAAAACGACUUUACUUUGCACGUAAUCCAUUUACAUAUGCAUCGAAUUAUCGACAAAAUAUUAUAUAUAAUUUACCAUUUGUAUUUUCACAAGAAAAUCGAGAACUUAUAAUUGAUAAUGAACAACUGACAUCAAAAGAGAAACAAAAAAUUCCACGAAAACGUAAUCCUCCAACAACUCUUGUUCAAGGUUUUAGAUUUCAUUCAACAACAGCAAUAACAUCAUCACAAAAUACAACAACAACAACAACAACAACAACAAGUGAUUCAACAACAGAACCAGAUUCAAUUGUAACAAAUUCAUCCGGAACAGUUGUUUCUCGACGUCGAUCUCGUCGAAAAUUUCGAGAUGGACGUUUACGUUCACUUGAUAAUGAUGAAACACCAACAGAACAUGCUACAUCCGGUUCGGAAAAUGAAUCAGCUAUACAAAGACGUCAUUUAGGAAAAUUAGAUGAAUCACGUCAAGAAACUGAUAAUUAUUUUACAUCACCAUCAACAUCAAUUGUCGAAAAUAAUUCUACAAUAACAAUACUUGAACAUGAUGAUACUAUAUUAAAAUCACCACCAUCAACAUCUAUUGCAAGUAGUAUACCACGUAAAUUAGCAAAUGAUUUAUCAAGUUCUCCAAAACGAAAAAAAAGUCCUCGUUCUCGUAAAUCCGAUCAACCAACAAAAAUUAUUUUAGAAGUUGUUGAUUAUUCAAAUGCAUUAUCUGAUACAACACCAAUACCUGAAUCACCAACAUCAGAAAAAGAAAUUUCAUUUAAUGAUAAAUAUUCAACAGUAAUAAUACCUAAAGAUGAAAUAAAAUUAAUUACUAAUGAUGAACCUAAUACUGGCGAUAGUAUACGAACAAUAUUUUUUGUUACUGAUCAAACAUCAAAUGAUAAUAAUAAUAAUCGUUCAUUUACAAUUGAAAUUGAUCCAAUGCAUUUAAUUGAAAAAGAUAAUAAUGAUGAAAAUUAUAUAGAAAAACUUAAAUAUUCAACAAUUACACUUUUAACUAAUAAUGAAAGUAAUCAAAAAACUGUUGAAUUUACAUUUGAAAAACGACGAGGUGAAGUUGAACAAAGAAUUUAUUUAUUUGAUACAAUACAUGAUCAAAAGGCAUUUGUUGAAGAAAUUGAACGUCAUCUUGAAUCAUCAACAUCAAUUGAAAUACAACCUAAUUCACCACCACUUAUUGAGUGUACAAAAUGUGGAAAAAAUUUUCCUGAUUUAACUACAAUGAACAAUACCGAAAAUACAUCAUCUUAUAUUUGUUUAAAUUGUCAAACUGCAGCAGCAAUACCACCACCACCUAAGUUAGACGAUGAAUCACAAUCAAAAGCACCUAUUGAUGAACUAUCUGAUGAAAUUGAACUUGAUCAUCGUUUCCAUUUUCAUUUAGCUACAGAACAUUUUACACAUGAUAAUGAGCAAAUAAAAUUACAUUUUAAAUGUUUUGUUGUUCGUUCAACAACAAAUAAAUAUUUUAUUGCACAAACUAUUCUAACAGAUUAUGGUAUUUAUAUAUUUCAACAUGAAGCAUCAAAUGAUGAUAUAGAAUCUGAAUAUAUUCUUGUUGGUAAAGAUCUUUUAACAAAUGUACUUAUGGUUGAUAUUGGUUAUCGUUUACAAACAUUUACAAUUGAAUUACAAUCAGCUGCAUUUGCUUUUAUUCUUGCUGAUCAACAAAAAACACAAAAUAUUGUUAAUCAUAUUCUUGAAGUUCUUUCACCUAUUGUUGAAAGUGGUGAAGGUGCAUUACAAAAAAUUAGUCGUAUUAGUUCCGAUGAAUAUCGACAACGUUUAUUUGAUAUAAUUAAAAUUGAAUGUAAUAUUAUGGAACCAGAUGAUGAUAUGAUUGAUUUUUAUUCAACUAUGAUUCGAGUGGAUCAAAAUGGUAAUAGUCAAAUGAUUGCUUUAUUACUUCUUCAAAAUUGGAUAUUAAUGAUUGAAGAUGCUUAUGCAACAAUUAAUUCACGUCAUGUUCGUUUACCUGCUCAAUUAACAUCAGAAUCAGGUACAAAUCAACAAUUAAAAUGUGAUCUUAUGCAUUUGGUUAAUGUGACAAAUUAUUUAAAUCAUCCAAAAUUAUUAGUUUUUGAUUUUGUUGAUGAAUCAGAAACUCAACAAUUUCGAUGGAAAUUAGAAAAUAUAACAAAUGAAAGUAAAAAUGAAUUUUUAAGAAAAGUUCGAGAUACUUAUAAAACAUUUAUGGGUAUUUCUAUGCCAGAAAAAUUGGAAAUGCUAUAA